AUGAAAAUCCUUUUUUUCCUCUUUAUUCUCUACCUAAACUCAAAAACUACGGUAAUUCUAAAAUUUUUGGCGCGAAAUUCAAAAAAUUUCAGGUGCUAGCCGUGGAGAAUUGCGAAUUUUCGCUGCGCAAAAUUCCCGGAUUCGAUCCGCUGAUUUUGACGGACAAAAAUGGGCGACAGUGUCGCGGAAGUGUUGAGCUACCCUUUUGCAAGGGUUACUGUAGAUCCAGCGAGGUACUGUGGAUUUUUCGCGCGAAAAUUUGUGAUUUUUUGAGCCCGAAUAAGCCUAGGCCUGGGCUAGGACUAGGCCCGGCCCGGGCCUAGGCUUAUUCGGGCUCAAAAAAUUGCAAAUUUCUCACCUUCAGGCCGGCUCCAUCGGAUUCCCAUCCAAAACUCAAAAUAGCUCCGCGUGCAUUUUGAUCAAAACCUCAGAACGCCGUGUACCUUUAAGCGAUUGUGAUGAGGGAGCGAGUGAUGAGAUUCGAUUCAUCAAAUUGCCACAUGGAACAUCGUGUAAAUGCUCGAUUUUGCCAAUUAAUUAG